CCGUAAAAUAUUUCUGAGUAUAGUGAGAGUUUUGUUUUAAACUUCUCGGGGCAGAAAUGUAAAAAUUAGUUUGGGAUAUUUGAGAGGAAUGGUGCUGAAAUCAGGACUGGUGCUGAACAUGCUCAGUAGAUGCCUGCUGCCCUCCCAUCCUCCUUUGGGGCAUCUUCAAUUAUUCAGGAGCUAAAGGCAUUAACUGCUGUGCACACGGCAACGGGCUGACCAUUCCCCCAUUUAUCCAGUCUAGCUGGAAGAUGGUACUUUGGUGGGUUUUUUUUUUCUUUUUUGCAACCAUCCUCUUGCUCUGCUCCUCUUCCUCCUCUCUUCCCAUCCCCCCCUUCCUGCCUGGCAAUCACACUCUCACUGCAGCAGAGCCACCUUGCUGUGCUGCAGCAGGCGCAGGGAAAUCUCCCCUCACCGGAGUGACCGUCGGGUGGGCUGCAGCAGGGAAGACCCCUCGCAUCAGGACCGGCUCUCGUCCCACCUGAUACCCCCAACUGCCCCCCACUUUUGCCGCACUUGUGCCUUUGUUCUGCUUGUCCCGCUGCAGCCCAGUGAUUCACCCUCUAUGCUCUCCUCCAUCACCGCUCCUACACACCCCUCCUCUCUCUGUCCUCCAUUCCCUUUUCUUUUUUUUCUCCUCUUUGCUCACUGCGUAUGAAAUUGCAGAGCUCAGCAUUCUUCUUUAUAGGCACUUAGGGAAGGUGGGGGGGAGAGGAAUAACUCACGAGCUUGGCGGGAGGGUUUUUUUUUUUUUUUGCACCACAUAACCGUCCCCCUUCCAAUUAAAGACGAGCGCUUAUGUUAUUGAAGAACAGCUCAGCCAAUAAGGAGGCAGCUCAUGCAAAGAUAGCAAGAAAGAGCAGCAGAGGCGAGUGGGCAAGAGCAGGAAAAACUGCAGUGUGGAGAGUUUCCUUCCCUCCCCACAGCAGAUCUCUUAUCAAUUUGUGCACUCUUGUGUUUGGGGGGGAGCCUUUGAAUGGGGGGAUCUCUGUGAGCGUGUCUUGUAAAGUGUCGCAACUGAAAAAAAAGGGAAGAUCUUAGUGUCCAGGAGAGCAUCCUGCACAAAAGUUGACUGCACUUGCAGCCUAAAUGAAGAAGUUCAACGUGCUGAAGCCUCAGACGGCACCGAUGGUUGCUGCCAAGCCAACUGGGGCCGGUGACUCCGACGUGACUCCAGCGCCUGUUGCAGUCAUCUCCAACGACAACUCCACUGAAGCAGUCAACAAAAACGAUGCCUUCGACAGGAUCAAAAACAAGUUCCGGAACGAAAUAGACAAAAUACCACUGCCAUCGUGGGCCAUCAUCGCCAUUGCUGUGGUCGCUGCUUUACUCAUUCUAACAUGUUGCUUCUGCAUCAUCAAAAAAUGCUGCUGCAAGAAGAAGAAGAACAAGAAGGGCAAGAAGGGGAAGGGGGACAUGGGAAUGAAGAACCUUAAAGGAGGCGAGAAACAACAGGAUGACGACGAUGAAGAAGAAGACGUGGAACCCGGAAUAACAGGAGACGAGAAAGAGGAAGAAGUGAAGGAAAAGGAGAAGCUCGGGAAGCUGCAGUACUCCAUCGAUUAUGACUUCCAGGAGAACAAGCUGACCGUGGGAAUUCUCCAAGCAGCUGAUUUGCUGUCCAUGGACAGCGGGGGCACCUCAGACCCCUAUGUGAAGGUCUUUGUCCUCCCCGACAAGAAGAAAAAGUUUGACACAAAAGUUCACAAGAAAACUCUCAAUCCUGUCUUCAACGAGACCUUCACUUUCAAGAUACCUUUCCAAGAGAUGGGAGGAAAGACUCUGGUAAUGUCCGUCUAUGACUUCGAUCGUUUCUCCAAACAUGACGUCAUCGGAGAAAUAAAGAUUCCUAUGAACACCCUUGACCUGGCAAAACCAAUCGAAGAGUGGAGGGACCUGGACAGUGCAGACCAAGAGGAGCCAGAGAAGCUGGGUGACAUUUGCAUCUCCUUGCGCUACGUCCCAACUGCAGGCAAACUCACUAUCUGCAUUCUAGAGGCAAAGAACCUGAAGAAAAUGGACGUAGGUGGACUGUCAGAUCCCUAUGUGAAAAUUAACUUGCUGCAGAAUGGAAAGAGGCUAAAGAAGAAGAAGACAACAGUGAAGAAGAACACUUUGAAUCCGUACUACAAUGAGUCAUUCAGCUUUGAGAUUCCUCUUGAGCAAAUGCAGAAAAUCCAAGCUGUGAUCACAGUGUUGGAUUAUGACAAGAUUGGCAAAAACGACGCCAUUGGGAAGAUCUGGGUUGGAAGCAAAUCCACGGGCGCUGGGCUCAAACACUGGUCCGACAUGCUGGCCAAUCCCCGCCGUCCCAUUGCCCAGUGGCAUCCACUGCAGCCAGAGGAGGAGGUGGAUGCCGCCCUCGCGGCCCUAACUGCCAAGAAGUAAACCUCCACCAUCUCCACACCUACCUACACUUGCAUUUCCCAUCAUUUUCCAAAGUCCCACAUAUCACUCCAGAAGAGCACCCACGUCUGCCCUGAUCCCCAUCCUACUCGACCACUGCCACCUCUCAAAAGCUCCAUGGAAACCAUCUGAUGGGAAAUGUAGUCCCCCCCCCCCAAAAAAAAAAGAAAAAUAAUCACACUCUAUAAUAUCACGUCACUGAGAAAAGAAGUCACAAGAUGGACGAAUACUUUAGUUAAUUUCCUUCAGAUCUAUUUUUGUAUAGUCAUUGUGGUUCCAUUAAAAAGAAUACAAAGUAGACUACGAAGAACAGUAGGGGUGCUACAUGCAAAUCUAAUAAUAGAACGGAGAAAGCAUACACUCACUGUACUUUUCACCCUUUUCCCUUUAGUGACACAGUUUGCUUAGAAUAGUGCUUAAAUGCUUUAUACUGCCAUGUAAUAGAGAAAUAACACAAGCAGGUCCAUUCCAUAGGUGUUUAAUGCACCAUAGCCCACGCCUGCCAGUUAUCACAUUCGAGAAUUCUGUUAGUUUAAAGUACAUUCCUAGAGUUGGGUAGCAAUGUAGGAACAGGCACAUAUCCAGUUACCCACAAACACACUGCCUUUAUGAUUAGUUGACCUUCAACCCAUCGUCUCAGGAAAACUGAGAGGAAAUUGAAACUUCAUGCCUUUUGUUCCAAAACGGGUCGUUAUUAUUCAAAAUGAAGUGUUUGGUGACCGAAGGCCUGCUGAUUCGCGCCAGUUAAUCCUUGAAAUGGUGAGCGGUGGGUAGAGGGAGGCAAUAAUAUAUUUUAAGUAGUUUGUGCUUUUAAGUGUGCAAACAAAAAAGGAAAUGUUAGAGCGGUGCAACUACCACCGACAUGGUAUUUACAAGGUGUCGAUUACUGGCUGCGGUCUGCCACCCCCCGCCCCCCUUUCCCAACACCUCAGAUUCCGUAUGUCACUUGUUCAGUGUUACUGCCAUUGAGUCAUGGACUUGACACAAGGGUUUUACUCAAAAGGAAUCCCUAUAACCGUCUUACAGUCAUAAAGGAGACAAGCCUUCCAAGUAACAAGAUAAGCAAUUCUCAACUACCAGGGACGCCUUCCAGUUAGCGGUGUUGUUCGCUUCAUUUCUUUCUCUUUUUUGUUUAUCUUAUAUUCCUUAAGCACUUUAAAUAUGUUGUGUAAGUAUGCUCAGAAAUCAGAGCUUUAAUUAUUUGUUGAGAAUAAGUGCUGUUUUUUUGUAAAUUUUGUUUUUAAAAUCAAUGAGAUCCCCUCGUUUCGCUUCAGCUUUCUUUGUCCUCAACUACUGUGUUUUAAGUCUUUUGGAUAUUGAAUUUCUCACCUGAUCAGAGAGAUAUGGUCUGGAGGAAAGCACUGAUCUGUGUGUAUUUUAUACACAGCUUACCAAACUGUUGAACAUAAUUGCACUACUGGGUUGUUUUUUUCUUUCUUUCUUUUUCAAUUAUUUUUUCCUGUUGUAGUUUGAUGCUGUUUCUUGAUCUGUGUUGUGCUUUAUUUGCCAUGUAGUUGUUGUGGAAUUGAAAUUAUUUUCUGUGGCACAUGCAGACAAGUCUCUUCCUGGGAUUUAGACACAUUUCGCUUUUCCCUGGAAUCUUCACAGAAUGGAUCAGGUUCAGUAUAAAGAGCCAAAGACGCAAAAACCAUCUGCCAUCAUACGCUGCUUUCAUCCCGUCUCCAAAAUUUAAAGGCAAAAAUUCCAAGCUGAAAGAGCCGUUACAGUUUUAACUAAGUUAAACAGUAUAGUUACAUUAAGAGCACAAAAAAAGUCCAGUUCCCUUUAAAGCAAAAGCGCAGCAAGGCCGUCCACAAAUUUCCAUUUGACCUAAAAUUUCAUGUAGUGUUGAAAGUCUUCUCACUGUUCAUACCAACUCAAGUCGAACCUUUAAUAAUGAAGCUGCUGGGUAUUUUUUUCUGCUGACUUUUUUGGACCAACCAAAAAAUUAGGGAACAUUUUUAAUUAAGUAGCACUUUUUGCUACUACAGUGCAGCAGGGCAUGUUAGCAGCAGGAUUUGAAAUUCUAUUUUUUCCAACAAAACAACAAUAAACUAAUAAAAAAAAACUAUACAUUUGGCUCUCUAUAAUUGUGAUAUAACAUUCUGUUGAAGAUGAUUUUUGAGUAAAAACAACAUCCAAAAUAUUAUUUGGCUAAAGCUGACCAGUCCAGAAUAGACUGAUGACACUUUUUUGUCUCAUAUGCUUUUGUUAGGACCCAAGAGUGCUUCCUUGCUGGUUAAGCUGUUUAUUAAAAAUAAAAAAAACUAAAAUUAUGCUUAUUGAAAGCAUAUAGAACAGCCUCUACCAGUUAAGAGUGUAAUGUAAAGUUGGUUAACCUUUUAUGCAUCUCUUCUUCUUUUGUUUAAUUGAAAGAUUAUUGUUUUGUUUUUGUUAAUUUUUUUACAGCAGUUAAAUUCCACUUUUACAUAAUUUUUCCUUCUUUGUUUGAUGAAGCAACACUAAAGAAAAAGCAACAUGGAAGCAAUCAAGCAGCCCAUUGUGUAGUUUUGCUUAUAUACAGUACAUAGCUCCUACUUGUUGAUACUGCAUGUUUAUACAAAAUACUGUACAUAAGAGCAUGUUUUAGAGAUGAAGCAAAAAUAUAUCGUGUACGUACAUGGUUGUAAUUUGCCAUUUUAAUAACACCAAGAAGGGAAAAAAAAUGCACUGUAUAUUUUCUAAAUAGAACAAAGUGUGAAUUUAUUUUCCAUGAGGGUCAUUGGAGAGAAUGUCAUACAAAUAAUAGAAUAACUGUUACUAAUAAGAACCUUUCCAUGCCUGAAAUUCUUAAGCAAGUGUGUUGUUCAGUGCUGUGUGUGAGUUCAUGUAGAACGAUGAUGUAGCCGCAUGCUUGCUAUUUAAAUUUGCUGUGCUCCAAAGCUUUAUUUAAGAACAUUUAUUAGCUUUUUUUUUUCUCCAAAACACUUUAAAUGAUCAGCGUUGAAUUUAUUUAUUUUUCUUUUCUUUUUGUCACAACAAAUUUUUUUAUUUUUUAAUGACCAAGACAGAGUCCAAGUGUGCGAUGAAUGUUUUCGAAUGACAGUUUAAACUGUUUAUUAGAAACUGAGUCAAUUAACUAUUCAAUCGCUAAUUGGAGGAGGACCUGUUUCUGCUGCCACUGAUCAGGAAUCAAGUCUGACUGCUGCUCCAAGGCCCAAAACACAAGUAGUCCUAUUUAAAUGAACAGAAGUAACUUAAAAAAAAAACAUCUUUUUGCUUUUUUUUAUCCCAAGUAUAUUUUUCUUUCUGUUUGGCUGACCUGGAAAAUAUCACAGCUGCGUCUCUCUUUUACUGUGUUUAUUAAAAGUGUAUAUGUAAACAGAAUAAGACAAACCUGAAAGCCAUAAAACUCAAGCACUAACUCUUUAGAGCUCAGCUGAGUAGCUAGAACUUAUUUAUGAAGAGAAAAAUAAAAAAAAUACUGUCUUUUAUUUUCUGUGCCCAGUGUUACACUUACAUUCCUUUAUCUUUUUAGAGAUCUUUGUUCAUCAAGAGGGCAAAAUCCAUUCUACUGUAUAUGAGAACUGUUGUGAGUGAAUGUGUCUUUUUCUACUUUCAAAGCUAUCGAUGUCCUUGUUUCAUAGAGGUAGCCGAUUUUACUGUAUUGUGAUUAGUAAUGCAUAUUCCUUGUUUUAUCAGUAUACAUAAUAUAUAUGAUAAUACAAUAGGAUCUCAGUAUUAAUAAUAUAACUAUAAAUAUUAGAGUGCAUUCUAUUCUUGGGCUGAGUGCAAUUUAUAAACCAAACUGGGUCACUCUUCUAGUUUCCCUUCUUCCAGUUUUGCAGAAUAUACUCGUACAAUCAGAAAAAGAAAAAAAAAACUCUGCAGGUGGUUUGGAGUUCAUGUGGACAUUUUAUUUAUUUAUUUAUUUGUCUUUUUUUUUUUUUUUUUUUUAGGAAACUGCCCGGGCAUCAUAGAUUUUUUCAAAAAAUAGAGGAACAGUGAAACCCCUCCAUAGGACUAUGCAUUAUGACUACAGACUCAUUCCACAAUCAUUUGAAGCUGUAGAAAGAUGUUGCCUGUAAUGCACAUAAAUAUAUAUUAAAGAAAUGGAUUCAAAAUUAUGGAAAUUUGCCUUCUUGCCAGGGGUUAUGCAUGGUCACCAGACACCUCCCAUACCUUAAAUAGUUAUUUCAAAUUGAUCUGACAAUGUCUUAGAAGAGUCCUUUCCCUCCAUUUUUAAUAUACUUUAAAGAUAAAAUAUUGAUAUUACUUUGUUGACUUUUAUUUUGAAGCUUCAUAGGAACUAUUUUACCGUUACUGUCAUUUCAAAGUCAAAAAUAGCACAUGUCAUUUUUAAAAGAAGAAUCAAAAGAUGAAUUUUGCUUCGGUUACCAGUUGAACUUGAAUUGAAGAAGAGUUUUUAAACUAUUGUCAACGUUUAAAUAGCGUUCAUUUGUUUAAUUUAUGAGCUCUCCUUCAGUAAAACAGUGCUAACUUGUGCUUGGCACCACUUAUGUAUUUUGCAAAUUAGCUUUUUUGUGCCAAAAUAAUUUUCUAAAAAACAAAAAAAAACACAAAACUAAAUUGAGUGAAAUAGGAAAAUUGUUUUAAAAGUUUAAAAUUAAACUUGAACACAAAAUUUAGCAGUGAAAGAUGAAGGAAGAAGAUGACUAGCUUAGUUUAGCCUCUAGCUAGCUUGCUGGGAUUGGAGUGUUAGCUUCUAAAUGUUUAAAUUAAAACCAAAUUUUAAUCCAGUUUUUGCUUGGUUGAAGACUACAUAAUUUAUUGCUGUUAGAAUAUUUUGAAUUAAAAACAAUAUCCACACAAAAAGAAACAUUGAUACACAUGAUAAGCUUUAAACUGCCAAAUAAAAUGUUUAUGUUGGUUUUACAAUUUUACUUCCUGGCAAGAAUGCAAAUGAACUGAGCUGUCACACUCACCUCAAUACACCAUUUUUCUAAAGCAAACUGCCAUCAAUUCAGGAAACAUUUCUCCCUGUAUUGCAUCAUGCUCCACAUUAUUUAAUAAUAUUGGAGGAAUUCCCUGUUCAAUCUAUAUUAUGGACUUUGACCAAACGACACAGUGGGAGCAGUUCAAAUGCAGAGUUGCUGUGCGUUUUAAAAAUAUAUAUAUAAAUACUGCCACUACCUGAUUGCAGCUGCCUCCAUUUCUUCAUGGUGUUCCUCCAUUUCUUCAUGGUGUGCUGGGAUAACAGUCCUUGCAGAACAGAAUACGACUUAUGAUGAGGCAAAUGUCAUUACAAGCAAGCAUUUUUAAGGGGUUUUGUUUGAUUUUCUUUGACUGUUUGGGUCAAAAUACUGCCAGAUAUGGAGCUGAAAAGAAGCUAUUUGGCUAACACAGAGAGAAGGGAUGUAUACCUACAGUACAGGUCUGCAUGUAUGGAACAGGUAACUCAUUAAAUGUACAUUUAUUGAUUAUAACUAAUAUUUAAAGUGGUCUGAGUUCUUGUUUGUUGUGUGUGCCUGCAUAGACGUGUACUGUCUUAUGCACCAAUGCAUCUCAAGCUGUCCUGUGUCUGCAACAGAUCACAUAAUUUCUUUUCACGUUUUUUUUGUUUGUUUUUCAAGCAAAGAGAUUUGAAAAGGGAAAGUUUGAAAACCUGGUCCAGCAGCCUCUCAGAAGAGACAAACGCCAUGUUGUCACUCUGUCUUGUCUCCUCUAUUACUGUGUCUCUUCUUUGUCUCCCGUCUUUCUGAGUAAUCACCUGUUUUGUUUUGUUACUUUACCUCUGUGAUGACAAACCCAUGAUGUGGAAAUGUGCCGGAGCCGACGACAGACAUUUGUCGCCGCGCUCUGUCACGUGUGCUUUUGUUUGCCUGUCCCUGUCUUGUUUAUGUGUAGCCAACUAUCAGCGUCGGCAUGCUGAAUAGGAAGUAGGGCCCACUUGUGUUUUCCACUUCAAUCUGCUAUUGCUGAGCAUAAAGAAUGCAGGCCUCCAUGUUUACAACUGGAACAUAGUGUACACUGCCAAACAGGCAGGACUGUACCAAACUCUCGAGCGUGUAGUCCUUCCCCUCUGAUCCCUGAUGCAGCUGUACUCUCAAGACUCCUUUUAUUUCUUCCUGCUUCAUCUCUUUCUCCUCAUCAUCUUUUAUAGCACUGGAGGGCAGUCAGGUUGUGUCCCCUAGCUGUGUUUCUUCGUGUCUAGUGUUGUGGUGCGCGUGUUCAUGUCAGUAAUUGUGCCUACUGUGGAUCGCAUGCUUUAGCCUUUGACUGGACACAAAUGUUGCUCACAAACUCCUCUUGACCCUUAUGUCGACAUACAUUGGGGAUCCUUAUAAAGUUAUCGAGGGAACCAAAUAACUUAUUACAGAUUUAUCAUAUGUGUUCUGUUCUGUAAAAAAAGAAGACUAAUAGGAAAUAAAGGCCUUUUAAUUACCACAA